CCAUCCCCGUGCACGAGCAUGCGGCCCACGCUUCUGAGUGCCAGAGUCAAGUGCUCAGGCUUACGGGCUCUGUGUAUCGUCCCACGUUGCUGAAUGUCUGCAUAGUUUGCAGCUUGGAACUUGGCAGAAUGGCCCAGACCUGCAAAAUGAAAUACACGGUGUUGGACAGCCCUUUGGGGAAGAUGGAGCUGUCUGGCUGUGAGCGGGGCCUGCAUGGGAUACGGUUUCUCAGCAGGAAGACCCCAAGCACCGACCCCACGGAAGCCCCAGCUACUCCUGAGGUGCUCGGUGGGCCAGAGGGAGUGCCAGAGCCCCUGGUGCAGUGCACCGCCUGGCUGGAAGCCUAUUUCCGCGAACCCGCAGCCACAGAAGGGCUUCCCUUGCCUGCUCUCCAUCACCCCGUGUUCCAGCAAGAUUCAUUCACCAGACAGGUGUUAUGGAAGCUGCUGAAGGUUGUGAAAUUCGGAGAAAUGGUUUCUUACCAGCAAUUAGCAGCCCUGGCAGGCAACCCCAAAGCGGCUCGUGCAGUAGGAGGGGCAAUGAGAAACAAUCCGGUUCCCAUCCUCAUCCCCUGCCACAGGGUGGUUUGCAGUGACGGUACCAUCGGCAAUUACUCUGGAGGAGGACAGGCUGUGAAAGAGUGGCUUCUGGCCCACGAGGGCAUCCCGACUAGACAGCCAGCCUCCAAGGUCGUAGGUCCGCCGACUGGGGCCCGGCUCAAGCCAUCCUUCCGGUCUACCAGCUCCAAGCCAUCUGGCCAGAAUUGAGUAACCGUUUGAAUGACACGCAGAUGUAACGCGGUGUUGGAAGCGGAUGUGUGGUAGCACCACUAUAUUAAAAGAGCUGUGUGUCCUGAGGGACGCGA